GUGAACACUGUGACAGAAGUCUACAACCAGCCAUGGAGGAGACCUCUGAGAAAAUCCCUAUUGCUUUAGCCGGACCUGAGGAUUUACAACAAUUCAUGCCUCCUACGUACGCUGUCGCCGUGAAGCCCUCGAGCUCCGUGCGCGCGCUUAAGAUCGCCGUGGGCGCGCUGAGCAUCGGGGCCGCGCUCCUGCUGCUCGGAGCCGUGGGUGCCUUUUACUUCUGGAACAACAACGACAAGCUCGUGUACAGUGUCCACUAUAGCAUGAGCAUUGAUGGUAAAGUGGAGGCGGGCUCCAUGGAGAUCGAUCCACUGAACAACUUGGAAAGGUUCACAACAGGAAGCAAAAAUGAUGAAGCAGUUGAAGUCCAUGAUUUUCAAAUUGGAAUUACUGGUAUUCGGUUUGCUGGUGGAGAGAAAUGCUACAUCAAGAGUGAGGCCAAAGGUCACCUUCCAGACUUGGAAUCUCUGAACAAGGAGUUCCUGACAGAUGUCUUGGAGGAAGAGGUCAUGCCUGCCAGGUUCGAAGAAGACUCUCUCAUCUGGGUCGCAGCCGAUCAGCCUCUGAAUGACAACGACUUCCUCAGCGACAAAAUCCUGGACCUCUGCAAAGACGUGCCCAUCUUCUGGCUGCGUCCUACCUACCCAAACACAGAGCAGAAGAAACCAGUACCAAGAGCGAGACGACAGGCUCCGGAAGACAAAGAUGACACCGCUCCAUUCAACCCUAACAACCCUUACCAUCAGCGCCGUGGAGAGGGGGAGGACGGCCCCAUGACGGUUGACACGAUGCUGGACCACACAGGAGUGUGCUGCGCCGAGUGCCGCCGUAGCUACACACACUGCAUGCGCGUCUGCGAGCCCCUGGGUGGCUACGAACCAUAUCCUUACCAUUUCAGAGGCUGUAGACAAGUGUGCCGUCUCAUCAUGCCAUGCAGCUGGUGGGUGGCUCGCAUCAUGGGACUCGUCUAAAGGCUCUGUAGUGGAUGAACUCGCACGCGAAUAAAGAUAGUUUCUGAAAGAGAAGCCUCUUUACAAGCAUCACGUUGUACAAACAAACUUUCCAUUUAUGACGGGGUCUAAAGAAUUACAAUUCCAGUAGGGUUCAGUAUGAUAGCCUGAUCAUGUCAGCAUUGUUGGAGAACAAAGUGCAGAAAGUUUGGUUUGGCUUAAAAUAUGGACCCGGAAAGAAUUUUAAUGUAUAGUUUUACUUAAUGCACAACCAGGACAUAUUUGGUCUAAAAUGUACUUCGGACCUGUAGUUAUUUUGAAAAUGUAGUUAUUUUUUACUGGUGCUAUCAAGCUAAUAAGCAAUGAAAGUCUUUCUUGUCCACAGUAAAUGAGAUGUGAAUUAAAGUAAAAUAUUCUUUUUCCUUUGAUGUAAAUAUAUGUAAUAAAUUGCUUCAGAGAGCAGCAGGCAAGUCUUUGAACAGAACCAAAGUAUUAAUGCCUAUACGAGAUAUUUAAGAUAUACUUGCUAGCUUUAAAACCAUUUUGUUUCCAUGGAUAUUGCUUUUAAUGCAACAUAAAACAAUUUCUGCCCUUUCUUACUGUAUGUUGACUUCAGACAAGUAUUGCUGCUUUCAACGUGCCUUUUCAAUAUAAAGCCAAAGUGUAAUAAAGGUCUUUUUCUAUAUUAGAAAUGUGUGUUACAUUGUCUCUGCGUCAACAAAUAUUUUGCUUAGUGCUGAAAGCCAGAACAGGAGGGGAA